CGUGUGUGCGUAAAGAUGUCGGCUCCACUCGGGCCCCGGGGCGGCCCCGGUCCCGGCCCCGGCCCUGCCACCGCCGCCGCCGCCGAAGAGCUGCCGGAUCUCAGCCACCUCACUGAGGAAGAGAGGAAGAUCAUCCUCGGCGUCAUGGACCGACAGAAGAAGGAGGAGGCGAAGGAGCAGUCGAUGCUGAAGAUCAAAGAAGAACCAAAGCCUCAGCCAGCACAGUGGUUUCCCUUUAGUGGGAUCACUGAGCUGGUAAAUAACGUUCUUCAGCCCCAGCAAAAGUCCCAAAAUGACAAGGAGCCUGAGCCAGACGCGAAGUUGCACCAGCAGUUUGAAUCAUAUAAGGACCAGGUUAAGAAGAUGGGCGAGGAGGCUAAGCAGGCUCAGGACCAGAAGAGUGAAGCCCCGACUUGUGGAAUAUGCCACAAAACCAAGUUUGCUGAUGGCUGUGGCCACCUCUGUUCAUAUUGCCAAACGAAAUUCUGUGCUCGGUGCGGAGGACGAGUGUCUCUGCGGUCAAAUAAGGAGGACAAAGUGGUCAUGUGGGUAUGCAACUUGUGCCGAAAACAACAAGAAAUCCUCACCAAAUCGGGGGCGUGGUUCUACGGCUCAGGGCCUGGCCAGGUGCAGGGUGUGUAUGAGGGCGGGCCACAGGGAAAGAAGGCCAAACUGCAGGACCCGUCCCUGUACCCCAACCAGGGAGCCUCUGGGGACUUGACACCAACGUUGGACAGAAGCAGACCUCCUGGUGGACUCCUGCCCAGGCAGGCAUCUCUAGACAACGGUUCAGGACUGAGCUACUCUGGGCCUGGUGGUGCACCUGUGGACAGGAAACGAAGUCCAUCUGCAUCCAGGGAUCCAAACCAAAAAUACGACCAAAGGGAGGGGGGUGACCACUCACAGUAUGCCCUGGCAGACGGCAGCAUGCCCAGAUCACCGUCUGAAUAUGGGGAUGGAGACCCUCGGCGGGUUCCGCGGGGCCAACAUUUGUAUCCAGAUGUAGAAGUGACACGGUUGGGAUACCGCCGGGGACCGGGACGCUGGCACUCACAGGAAUACCCUCUGGAUCAGGAGCUAGAUGGGCCGCCAAACGAGUAUGACCUCCAGCGACAACGCCAGGAGGAAUUUCAGGCACGUUACCGCAGUGACCCAAACCUGGCUCGUUAUCCUGUUAAGCCGCAACCCUAUGAGGAGCAGAUGCGUAUGCAUGCUGAGGUAGGACGCAUGAGGCAUGAGCGGCGUCACAGUGAUGUCUCACUAGCCUACACAGAGCAGGAUGAGCUUGGACCAAUACGACUGUCCCGUCAGCAUCUCACCGAGCGCCGGCCGCCUAUGGUGGGACAGCGUUCAUACUCUGUUGACCGCUGCUCCCCUGGCCCCAUGGGUCCUGGCUUUGGAGGCCACAGGACUUCCAACCACAGCCCACCAACGCCACAUCGCAGCCCUGUGCUAGGUGACCGAUCUGGGGACUUGCGGAGAGGAGAUUUGGGUGUAGGUAUGGAUUCCAUAAGGAGGCAGCAGCACCACUUGGAUCCCAGCUCAGCUGUCCGGAAAUCUAAGAGAGAGAAGAUGGAAAGCAUGUUGCGGAAUGACUCUCUCAGCUCGGACCAGUCGGAGUCAGUCCGACCUCCACCUCCCAAGCCCCAUAAAACUAAAAAAGGAGGGAAGAUGCGGCAGGUGUCCCUCAGCAGCUCUGAGGAGGAGCUGGCCACCACCCCAGAGUACACCAGCUGUGAGGAUGUGGAGAUAGAGAGCGAGUCAGUCAGCGAGAAAGGGGACAGUCAAAGGGGAAAAAGAAAAACUAUUGAGCAGUCAUUUAUGUCCGAGCCGACACACACCUUAUCUGAGAGGCAAAAGAAAAUGGUUCGCUUUGGGGGACAAUCAUUUGAAGAGGACUUGGGCUGGUGCGAGCCGCAGGUUAAAGACUCUGGAGUUGAUACGUGCAGUAGCACGACCCUAAACGAGGAGCAUAGCCAUAGUGAGAAGCAUCCGGUGACGUGGCAGCCGUCCAAAGAUGGGGAUCGCCUCAUCGGGCGCAUUUUGCUCAACAAGCGCAUGAAAGAUGGAAGUGUACCUCGAGACUCAGGAGCUCUGCUUGGUCUGAAGGUGGUUGGAGGCAAGAUGACAGAAUCUGGUAGACUUUGUGCUUUCAUCACCAAAGUCAGGAAAGGAAGCCUAGCAGACACUGUUGGACACCUCAGACCAGGUGACCAGGUGCUGGAGUGGAAUGGGAAACUUUUGCAAGGAGCCACAUUUAAAGAAGUUUACAAUAUCAUUCUAGAAUCAAAGCCUGAGCCUCAGGUGGAACUUGUGGUCUCUAGGCCAAUCGGAGAUAUUCCACGGAUACCAGACAGCACACAUGCACAACUGGAAUCAAGUUCAAGUUCUUUUGAGUCUCAGAAGAUGGAUCGCCCGUCCAUAUCCGUCACAUCGCCCAUGAGUCCCAGCAUGCUGAGGGACGCCCCGCAGUACCUGUCAGGACAACUCUCAAGCCAAAGCCUUAGUAGAAGAACAACGCCUUUUGCCCCUAGGGUCCAGGUCAAGCUGUGGUACGACAAAGUGGGCCAUCAGCUAAUUGUCACUAUCUUGGGUGCCAAAGACCUGCCACCCAGAGAAGAUGGCCGACCCAGGAAUCCUUACGUCAAAAUCUACUUCCUCCCAGACAGAAGUUUGAAUUAUUGUUCCUCCAGUGACAAAAGCAAGAGAAGAACAAAAACAGUAAAGAAAUCCUUAGAGCCCAAAUGGAACCAGACCUUUAUGUAUUCGCCUGUCCACCGGCGGGAGUUUCGGGAGCGCAUGCUGGAGAUCACGUUGUGGGACCAAGCCCGAGUCAGAGAGGAGGAAAGUGAGUUUCUUGGCGAGAUCCUGAUCGAGCUGGAGACAGCUCUUCUGGAUGAUGAGCCGCACUGGUACAAGCUGCAGACCCAUGAUAUGUCCUCCAUCCCGCUUCCACAUGCCUCCCCAAACACACAGCGCAGGAAGCUACACGGCGAGAGUCCAACGCGGCGGCUGCAGAAGAAAGGAUUAUGUUCACACAACUCAGGAUCUCAGAGGAUAAGCGACAGUGAGAUCUCAGACUACGAUUGUGAAGAUGGUGUCGGCGUAAUAACAGAUUACCGUCCAAAUGGCAGAGACUUCCAAAGCUCCACGUUGUCUGUGCCUGAGCAGGUGAUGUCAUCCAACCACUGCUCGCGGUCAGCUGAUAUAAACCGGGCGCGUUCGCGCUCUCCCAGCGUCCCCCCACCCUCCAGGACCCACGGAGCCAUGGAUAGGCACGAGUAUCACAUCAGGUCCCGCUCUGCAGACCAGCGGCCCACAAUAGAGCGCCCCGCGUCCCGCUCGCGCUCCACAGAACGCCCCCACGACUCUUCGCUCAUGAGGUCCAUGCCGUCUCUGCCAUCCGGGAGGUCCGCCCCCCCCUCACCUGCCCUGACGAGGGCUCAUCCCCAUAGUGGAUCUGUGCAAACCAGUCCUGCAAGCACUCCUAUGUCAGGCAGACGAGGUCGCCAACUUCCACAGCUUCCACCCUUGGGGAAGGAGAGAAAAGAUGGAGAUGAAGGAACAGAGCCUUGUGAAGGUAUGGACAUGGACGAGAGGAGCAAGCAGAUGAAGCUGAAAGUGAAUAAGUACAGGCAGGGAGGAGGUUCUGACUCCCGGCUGGAGCAGGACUACUACAAGCGGUCAGGCAGAGAUCCACGGGGCUCAGAUAACCUGUCGGCCAAGUCCUCAGACAGCGAUGUAAGCGACGUGUCCGCUGUGUCGAGAACCAGUAGCGCCUCUCGGUUCAGCAGCACGAGCUACAUGUCUGUCCAAUCAGAGAGACCGCAUGGAAACCGCAAGAUCCGCCAGUUGCGAUCGAGGAGCCAGACCCGAGAGGGGAACAAGCAGUUAGGACAAGUGCUAGAGGAGGCAGAGGCAGGUCGGGGAGGAGGGGGAGAGGAAGGAAGGAGUCCAGACAAAUGGGGGGGACCUCACGAAGGGAGGGAGGGACCCGUGGAGAAAGUAGAUGAGGAGCAGCGUGAGGAUUUGUUAGAGGAAGAAGAGGACUUACCCCACCAGAGGAGUAUCUCAGAGAACGACCUCAGUGACUUUGCAUCCAAAAUGAAAAACAGGCAAAUGGGCUCCUCAGGCGGCAUGAACAUGACCAAAAGCACAAGCAUCAGUGGUGACAUGUGCAACCUGGAGAAGACGGACGGCAGCCAGUCGGACACAGCGGUCAGCACAGUCGGCAUUGACGACAAGAAGAGACGCUCCAGCAUCGGUGCCAAAAUGCAGGCCAUGGUUGGGAUGUCACGCAAAAGCCGGAGCACAUCUCAGCUCAGCCAGACAGAAGCUGGAGGUAAGAAGCUGCGCAGCACAAUCCAGAGGAGCACGGAGACGGGCCUGGCGGUGGAGAUGAGGAGCAGGAUGACCCGGCAGGCUAGCCGAGAGUCUACAGAUGGCAGCAUGAACAGCUACAGCUCCGAGGGAAAUCUCAUAUUCCCCGGGGUGAGGCUUUCAUCUGACGCCCAGUUUAGCGACUUCCUGGAUGGCCUCGGCCCCGCCCAGUUGGUUGGACGGCAGACAUUGGCAACUCCACCUAUGGGUGACAUCCAGAUCGGCAUGGUGGAGAAGAAAGGAGCGCUGGAGGUAGAGGUCAUUCGAGCUCGUGGCCUUGUGGGAAAACCAGGUUCGAAGGCACUGCCAGCACCAUACGUGAAGGUCUACCUUUUGGAAAACGGAGCCUGCAUAGCCAAAAAGAAAACAAAAGUAGCAAGAAAAACCUUGGAUCCUCUUUACCAGCAGCAACUGCCGUUUGAGGAGAGUCCAGGAGGAAAAGUUUUACAGGUUAUCGUAUGGGGUGACUACGGACGUAUGGACCAUAAAUCAUUCAUGGGAGCAGUUCAGAUACUGUUAGAUGAGCUGGACCUGUCCAAUAUGGUGAUUGGCUGGUUCAAGCUCUUUCCUCCUUCCUCGUUGGUGGACCCUACUCUGGCCCCACUGACAAGAAGAGCUUCCCAAUCCUCACUAGACAGUUUCUCUCGAUCAUAGCAGCAUGUGGACUGAACGCGUUGUUGUAGCAGCCGGUGUUGCGAUUACAGGUCACACACCCCCGCCCCCACCCCUCCAAACCCCGCCCCUCCAGUUACACUGCAUGCUUGAUGUUGUGUCUUCUGAGCCUGUUCCUCGGGGGAGGGGUACUAGCGUGAUCCUGCGUUUUGAGCAAAAACAUCGCACACAUUUUGCACGCGUUGUGAAGCGUGUUGCAACCACCUGGCGACCAGGAGAGCCAGGCGGUGUUGUUGUUGGAGGAAACUGGAAUGAACUCUUUAGCACGAGGAAUCCGUCAGUUCCAGGUUUUCAUCCAAUCCGAAGCCAUGGGGUCAGUACUGGGAACUGCUCAAGAGUUCUACAGCAGCCCUUUUGAAUGAAUAAAUAAAUAAAUAAAUGUUUGAUUAUUUUCCAAUUAUUUUGCUUUUUUUCUUUAAAUGUCAGUGUACUUGUAUCUGAAGUGGGUGACAGUGUUUCUAACCAGAUGCUUGAUCACGCCACGCCAACACACCUACCUGGAUUGAGGUUUUAAGACCAUCACUUUAGGUGAUGUGUGGCCCCCAAAACCCACAAGAAAUCUCUCACCAAACGAAUCAAACCACAAGGACUUAAAUCCGAGAUUAUUCUGAAGUAACACUCAGAACCCUGUCAAAAUAUAAAGAAAUGUACAAUCUCCCAUCAUUCUUUCUCUGUUGAUAUAUUGUGUGAAAUUUAAAUGAGAAAACUAUUUUUCCUUUUAGUUCAUAUGCAUGGACACAAAUUUAGAAGAAUAAAAAAGAAAGUUAUUUUCUUGAGGCUGUAACUUGCAAAAAAAAAGAGAGAAAGAAGAAAAAACAGAUCAGCCAUUUUCAACAAUUUAUACGUAUUAUUUUUAAAGAUAAAUUUCACUACUGCAUGGUUUUCAAGGGGAGUGAAUGCAACAUUGUGAUGACAAAAAAAAAAGAUUAUCAUUCUUUAGACCAGUCAUGAGUCUGUGAUUUGCAGACGUGCAGAUAACGGAAACUUAAAGGAAAUUUUGCAGUUAUUUAAAAAGAAAAUGUUUGUGGCAAAAAGUGGUAAUUAAAAUAAAUGUAAAUUAUUUAUUUCAUUGUAAAAGGCUGACGCCUUAUGAAGAUAAACAUUAUGUGCAAAUUGUACGUUUCUCUUUUUCUUCUUGGUCCCAGGGUACUUUUCACUGUCCGGUCCCCUGAUAUCGUCCAGAUUUUCGGACUGUUGGUUAUUUUACAGUUCUGUACGUAUUUUAUUUUGGAUUUGAUUUGUUUAACAAGCAUGUUGAAAAGGAUUUUCUGCAACAUGGCUUGGGCACACCUUACAGUAACUCAGCAUGUUUUGAUAAAGAUGAUAUUUGGAAUUUUUGCAGUUUCUUGUACAGUGCAUGUUGACUUCAUUUCAACUUUUCUCACUCACCUUAAAUUGAGCUCAAAUGAAUGAGAUGGUCUUCCACGACCAUUUUCUUGACGUUUUAACAAAACAUUCCACCCUAAUGUCAUAUUUUAUUUCAGGUUUUUGAGGGGGAUUUAAAAAAAAGAAAAUAUUUUAUAUUUCAUUGAGGUUGAUGACACAGUUGUGAUUGCAAGCAUAUUUUAUUUCAGUAUUGUUGACGAACAUGCAAAAAUAUUCAAAAGGUUUAUCAAGAGGCAGCAAACAUGCAAGAGAUGCAACGUUGCCUUAGUUCAACUCUACAGGCGCCGUUUGUGACGAUGAGCUAAUCACAAGUUCAAAUAAGGGAUAAUGCCACAGAAAAUGUCUUUUUUUCUUGUUUAGAUGAAAAUGAAAUUAAUUUACUAUAUUUUUGUUAGUUUUAUUUAAAGCCAAGACCAGUUUAUUUUUUAUUUUCUAUUUUUAGUAAUUCUAAAAUGCUUCUCAUGUCUGGGAAGUAUAAAGCUUCUAGUUACAAUAUGUCUGAAUGAAAAUGAUUUGAGGCAUUGUUCCUUUUCCACAAUGCAAUUUAACGUAAAAAAACAAACAAACAAAAAAGUCACUGUAAUGAGCUACAGUGUAUAUUUUCAUUGUACAUAUCUUUAGAUGUCAGAAUUUGAAUAAAUGAGCUACCAUGAGUAGAUUGAUAGAGUAUUUUGGAACUGGAAAAAUGCCUCAUGAUGACAAAGACAUAUGUUAUUUAUCCUUCUGAAUGCCUUUUAAGUUUCUCUUUUUUUGGUGCAAUGUGUUAAUGCCAAGGCUAUGUCUUGGCGAAGUAUGGUUGAGUACAGAGAUUUAUGUAAGUUAUUUUUCAAAUUAAAAAUAAAAAAAAACAUUGAUAUUACACUGAU